UGGAAGGACGGAGAGGUUGGUGGGGCUAGCAGUGUUUGGAGCAGUUGAUAUUUUCUGCAUACAUAGAAGAAUUAUAAUUAUGUAAAAGAAUCAAAUUGUGAGUGCGUAUAGAUGGCUGAAGUGAUAAGGAGUUGUCUCAGGAUUUGCCAGGUCCUGAGUUUGACUCCUACCCUCGCAGUGCUUGAGAAUUUCCAUCCAUGAGAGAAGGCAUGUGCCGCUGCCUCAAAUAAUCAGUUACGGCUCUUGGGGCAAAUGGGUUUGGCCUGUCCUGGUGUAGCAAGUCCAAAAUAGUGAGGACUAGGUUGUGGUGGAUCCAAAGGAUUCCAUAGAUACCACAUUUCUUUUAGACAUCCAAAACUAAAGCUUAGCAAACUGUGGGAGCACCUAUUGUUGUGGUUCACCAGAGAGCUCUCUAGGCUUAUGCGGAACCUGGGCAUUACGGUUCUGUAUUUUUCUUAUCAUUUCUCUGUUUGCAGUCCAGUUGGGAGUCACUGCGUCUCCAGAGAAGAUUAUAGCUUGAUCGAGAGGAAGGGAUUGGCUGUCGUGGAUUGCUCAUGGGCAUGUUUGGGAGAUGUACCAUUUGUCAAGCUGCGAUGUGCUUCUCCUUGCUUAUGUACGAAAAUUCAUUCCCUUGAAAUCAUGAAAUCCAGUAAAUUAUGGUCGACCUCGUCAGCUAUCCUGUGCAAAGGCAUUAUCUGCAGCUUUAUUAAUAUGGGAACUUCUAAAAGCAUACUCGGAAUGUGGAACAGUGCUGAAAUCAUCUCUGUCCAAAAUGCUUGGCUUUCUCAACAAAACCAGGUUCUGAAGGCUGUGUCUGACGCUGAAGGAGGUGAAAUAAGUGAAAAUGAAGGCACUUCUGAUGAUUCCCAAGAUGGGUUUCCACCACUAGAAAGGAAUAUGAAUCAUUUGAACUUUGAGGAAAGUGAGGAUGAAAGCGAGUAGAGUAGAUAGAGCCAUACUUAAAAAUCGAUGAGACAACAACAAUAUGAACUUGAACCAUGGUGGCGAAAAUGGAGCAAUAUACAAGAAGGGCCGUGGUGUCUCGAAAUUGCAGUUUCAAGAUGGUCUCGUGUUUGGUUGAUGGCAUCCACUCUCAACAUGUUUCUAUAUUCUGUAGGAUUAUAAGAUGACCUUUUGCCUUUGAGUGUCCUCUUUUCUGUCUUUGAGAUGUAAUGGUGAGUUACAGAAGAGAACUAAUGGAUAGGUUUUUGAUUGUGGGAACUCAUGUUUCAUGACGAAAUGCAGCUAUUUUAAUUGUUACCAGGUGCUAAAGGCAUGCAACUGUGUUCCCAAGUAUGCGGGGCAGCUCCGAUUAUAAUGUCCUCUGUCUCUUUAGAUACUCACAGCACAUCUCAGAAAUCGCUAUCCAGGAGACGGCUUAAUAUGAUGGACAUUCCCGGGAUUCUUACUUGUGGCCAGACUCGCGCAGAUGUAAGAUGGCUUAAGACUGAGUUUAUUUGGAUCUAUUUUAUUGUUUUAUUUUAUUUAUUUGAAUUACUUAUGUUAGAUUGUUUUGAUUAAUGAGUUGAGCCAGAUAAUUGAUUUUUUUUUCUAUUUUGUGAGAUAGUUUUUGAUGAAUUGAAUACAAAUUGUCCCAUGUUUUUUUCAA